AUGGUGACUCCUCUACCUCGACGCAUUACAAAAGAAACACAACGACUGAUAGCUGAUCCAGUACCAGGAAUUUCGGCUGUGCCUGAUGAAGGCAAUGCUCGGUAUUUCCAUGUCGUCAUUGCCGGUCCCGAGGGUAGUCCAUUUGCAGGUGGUAUUUUUAAGUUGGAACUUUUUUUGCCGGAAGAAUACCCGAUGGCUGCACCGAAAGUUCGUUUUAUGACUAAAAUCUACCAUCCGAAUAUUGACAAACUGGGCCGCAUAUGCUUGGAUAUUUUGAAGGAUAAGUGGUCACCGGCGUUGCAGAUCCGUACUGUGCUACUUUCCAUCCAGGCUUUACUUUCAGCACCAAAUCCUGAUGAUCCUUUAGCGACAGAUGUUGCGGAGCAAUGGAAAAAUAAUGAAAGUGAUGCAAUACGUACAGCGCAAGAAUGGACACGUAUUUAUGCUACAGGUGAUUGA